AUGUACAGGACGUUGGAGUUGAUCUCUGAGGCAUCUGGUAGCAAGCAAUCGUCAGCAAACCUGCGGGAUAUUCCGCUUCAAUUCCUGGAAGUCUUGAUGGCGCAAGUCGUCAUUGGCAUCACUUUUUGUGGGUAUGCUUGGAUCGGAAGAAGGCGAGAGCUCGAGGAGUGGUCGAGAUUAAUGUAUGGAGAGCCUUGGCCCCAGCGCAGAGUUCCCGACGACGACCUGGAAGACUCUGUACGACGUACUUUCGAGGCUCCAAAUUUGAAACCUUCGGUAAACGAUGAGUAUAGUCCUGGCCAUCUUCCCAACGUCAGAGCGUACUACGCUCAAGUUGAGGAGCCCGUUCUUCUUCGUCCCGCAUCUGCUUGUAGCGGACUGGCCCUGGGAUCAUCAAGCCUUCCUCCCGACGAGCCUGGCGACGACGCUAACUCAGACCACGAGCAUACCUCUGAGGCGGAUGCCUCUGAUUCCGAGACUUUGUCCGAUGCUGACGAGUCUGAAUCUGAAUCUGACGAUGACGAGAAGAAGCGCCGCAAAAAGCCCAAGAAGGAGAAGCAGAAGAAGAAAGCCAAAGGUAUGAAGAAGCCGUAUCACAAGAAGGAACCACCGAUGCGGAAGGAACCAAGUCAUGGUCCGAGAACAUUCAAGCAUGGGAAGAGCCAAUAUCGUAGACCGGAGAGAUCCGGGUCUCGUCGUCAACACGGCCUUCGUGGCGGUGGAGGUGAAGAAGAGAUCUUUCAGCCUCCUAUUAGCUGCUAUGAUGAAGUUCUUGCGUACUCCAAGAAGCCAGGUGAUCCGAAGAUUCCAGGUCAGCUGGAUAGACCGGAGAGCAAUAAUGGGGUGCUCAGAGUUGAGAUUCACCCACCACCACCAUUUGGCCCGCGACCGAGGCCAAGAUCAGCUUUAGAAAAGUCACAGUCCUGGUAA